AUGUUACCCCGCCAGUUUCCUCCUGCUUACGGCACAUCUUACGGCAAGCUGCACAACAGUGAUGCUGAUGAUGAUGUUGAGGAUGAUGAUGGUUGUGAGGAUGAUGAUGAUAGUGGUUAUGAUGAUGACGACAACAAUCAGGAUGGUGUUGCUGAGGAUGAUGAUGAUAAUGAUGAAGAUGAUUGUGAGGAUGAUUGUGAUGACAACAACAAUAUGGAUGAUGAUGACGAUUCUGAUGAGGAUGAUGAGGAAGAUAAUAAAGGCGAUGAUAAUGUUGACGAUGAUGAUGACGACAACAAUCAUGUUGAUGAGGAUAAUAAUUUUGAUUCUGAUGAUGAACCGCCACUGCUGGGGGAAGAGGAGGAGGAGGAGUAG